GAUGACAUUGAUCUUGCCAUUAUUGGCGCCGGCUGGCAUGGCAUCACAAUGGCAAAGACAUAUCACGCGGUCUAUCCAAAUGCCUCGAUAAUGAUUCUCGAUUAUGCAACAACUCUCGGCGGAACCUGGGCUGAAGAUCGUAUCUACCCGACUCUCAAGACCAAUAACAUCUGGGGAUCUUAUGAGUUCAGCGACUUUCCCAUGUCUAGAGAGAAGUAUGGAGGUCAAGAUGAAAAGAACAUUCCUGGACGUGUGAUGCAUCAGUAUCUUUGUGAUGCAGCAAAAUAUUUUGACAUUGAGAAGUAUGUGCGGUUGGGGAGGAAGGUCGAGGAAGUGAGAUUGAGGGAUGGAGAUGGGGGGUGGGAAGUGAAUUGGAGAGGAGUAGAUGGCAAUGAAGAAGGAACGAUCGUGGCGCGGAGAUUGGUCCUGGCAACGGGAUUGACCAGCGAGCCGUUCGUACCAGAUUAUCCUGGACAGGAAAAGUUCAAGGGCCUAAUGAUACACUCGAAACAGCACACUGCUCGGGCUUCAGAGCUGGCUCGGGCCGAAAACGUCGUCAUAGUCGGCGGCAAUAAAUCAGGCUGGGACGUGGCAUACUCCGUCGCACGAUCAGGUGGCAAAGCACACAUGCUCAUGCGACCUUGCGGUGCCGGACCAAACUACGCGUGGCCACGUCUGUACAAGUUUCUAGGAAAGACUUCGUCGAUAGCAUCACUAUCUUUGACAAGAUUCUGGACACUCUUCGAUCCCUGGCCAUUCCAAAAAGACGGCACCCUUGGGACUAGCUGGCUGAGAACAUUCUUACACACAUACUGGCUCGGUCGCUGCAUCACAGCUUUGUUCUGGAAAUAUCUUCACUCUCGCAACAUAGCUUGCAAUGGUUUCAACAAAGAUCCUCAAGUCGGCCUCCUCGCACCCUGGAGUUCCCCAUACUGGAUGGGAGGAUCCCUAGGCACAUUGAACUACGACACAGACUUCUUCUCCGAAGUCAAGAAAGGCAACAUAAUCCCCUACCACGCCGAACUCCAAAGCAUCGAAUCCCACUCCGUCCACAUCUCACCCACCCCCCAAACCCUCUCCAACAUCGACGCAAUCGUCCUCUGCACCGGCUGGAAACCCGUCUCCCCCAUAAAAAUCUCCCCUCCAGACCUCCUCAAUUCCGAAUCCCUCGAAUCCAAAUCCCUCUCUACCCACCUCCGCCACAAGAUCCUCCAACACUGUCCUGACCUCGCCAACCCCCCUCGCCCUCACAUCCCCUCUCAGGAAGUUACAACCCCCCUCCGCCUCUACCGCUUCCUCGUCCCCCCAUCUCUAUAUGAUCUCCGCUCCUUCGCAGUCCUAGGUCUAAACUACACCCUCCAAACCCCCAUCGUCUCACAAACCCAAGCAUUAUGGAUCACGGCAUAUUUCUCCUCCCACCUCCAAUCCCAACGCCAAUCCCAAUCUUCCAUCCUUACUUCCACCCUCCUCCACACAACCUACGAAAUUCUCCGAAGACCGAAAUCGGGCAGUGGAUUUGGAGACAAACAUCCGGAUUUGGUGUUUGAUAGUUUGGGGUAUGUGGAUUUGUUGCUGGGGGAUUUGGGGGUGAGGAGGAAGAGGAAGGAGAGUUGGUGUCAAGAGUGGUUUGGGGUUUACGAUUUGAGGGAUUAUAGGGGACUUGUGGAGGAGUGG